CCGACCCCUUUCCUGUUCGAUGCCAGCAAAGUUUCCUGAAUCUCCAUCUUCCACCUGCGAUUUUCCUUGCCCAACAUAAAGAGAAUGGCCUCCCAAGAAUCAGCUUCCACCAAAAACUUUUCAAAUCCCAAUUGCAGCGCCAAUUUCGUUGCACCUAAAAUCGCUUUAAGCUCUGCCUCUAAUGGUGAAGAAGCUAUGACGGGGAACCGAACGCCAAGAACCAUUUUGCCGCUGCUAUCUCGCAUAAUCGCACCUCCCAUAGCUCGGUCAGGCAGAGUAUCAGUGGCCAGAGUAUGCAAAGGGAUAGAGUUGAGCACAUGUUUAAUCAAUAUUAGCCUGCCACCCUGAGAUAGGUUUUUUUGUCUCCAAGGGGUUUACUCCCAAGUACUUCAUAGGAAGAGAAGAGAGACUCAUGCCUAAGGCAUUUUUGAUAAUUCUGCUCCUUCUCUCAGCAGUUUUACCACACACAAUUGAGCUCUUAUCCAGAUUAACAGCCUGCCCAGAUGCUAAUUGGUAUAAAUUGAAAAAUUUGGUCAGAAGAGACCUCAGGUUCAACAGAAUAAAGAUUUUUGAAGAACGCGACUGCUGCAGAUCCAAUUUCAUCAUCGAUCUAAGCUUGUUUGAAGGCUUUCUGCAAGUAUAUUUAUUAAGUAUAUCGUUAAAAAGGAAAGCAGACGGAGGCUCCAGUUGGCCUAGGGUUUGGAUUGUGGAAGAUUUGCUCGCAAGAUAGUUUUGAAAAGCUUAACGGACGACAUAGGUCUCGGCAGAGGCAAGGACCAACCAUGUAGUCAAGGCGGCAGUUUGUGUGCAGGGUUUUGUUGGUGAGAGCGAUGCCGCAAUUGAGUCGGCGGAAUCUGCUAGUGGCAGUUUGUGUGCAGCGAACGAUGUCAAUUAUGGUCAGCGGCAAAGCCUUGUUUCCAGCAAGUCCCAGAAUGAUGUCAGGCGACGGGUUUGAUGAAGGCCAAAGUUCGAUUGGCGAUGAAGAAUCAUUCGCAACGGUCCUGAUGGAUCGGCCUCCUCCUGAACUGGUCUCCUCCUGAACCACCGUCAUGGAUCAAAUGAGGUGCUAGGAGUCAAAAAAUUUAUCCUUUUAAUUAUUGUUAUAUCCGAUUCAGUGUUAUUCAUUUAUAUGUCGUGUGUAAUUUUAGCUUUUAGUACUGCUUUUUUAUUUUGCUAGUCGGGUUAGGGGAUAGUUGGUUUUUUGAUGUGAGAAUGUGAGGAAGCAAUCAGGCUAAUCUUUCCGAUAAUAGCUUUGAAUCUCUCGUAUGUUCAGCGAUUAGUCUCAUUCAGCUUUGGGAGGUUUAUUAUAUGUCUGAUCAGCGAGUGAGAGGGUCUAUUGGUUAUAUGGUGUUUACAGGGAUGUCGUGGGUAGAAAGUAAGAAUGAUGUUUGAUUGUUGAUUUGGUUGGACGUUUGAAUGUUUGUUUUUAGGAAUUUAAUAUAAGCAGUUUUCUUUCCCCAAAAAAAGGACUGAG